AUGUCUGACGUUGAAGAAGUUGUCGAAAUUCAAGAAGAAGUCGUUGAGCAAACCGCUGAAGUCACCAUCGAGGAUGCUUUGAAGGUUGUUCUAAGAACCGCUUUGGUUCACGACGGUUUGGCUAGAGGUUUGAGAGAAUCUGCCAAGGCUUUGACCAAGGGUCAAGCUCAAUUGGUUGUGUUGGUUAGCUCUGUCACCGAGGACAACAUCAUCAAGUUAGUCGAAGGUUUGGCUAACGACCCAGAGAACAAGGUUCCAUUGAUCAAGGUUGCUGACGCCAAGCAAUUGGGUGAAUGGGCCGGUUUGGGUAAGGCUGACCGUGAAGGUAACGUCAGAAAGGUUGUCGGUGCAUCCGUCGUCGUUGUUACCAACUGGGGUGCUGAGACCGAUGAGCGUGCUAUGAUCUUGGAACACUUCUCUCAACAAUAA